AUGGCUCUCAUCAGCAAACAGGAAGAAUCUCUAGACUCUUCUAAUGAACCAACCACAGCUGAAGAUUUCCUUGAACAAGGCUCGAUUGACGAGGAGUCGGGAGACAGGUGGCUCGGAUCCGACUUGUCCAAGAGCUUGCGAUUUUACCAGAAAGCUUACACCAGCUAUUUGCAGUCGAUUUCGUUACUGGGAACUCAAGGCAGAAACCUUGAUGCCUUCUACAAUUCUUCCAGAUUGCUCUUCCUGGUGUACAACCAAUACAUCAAGACUGAUGGUGUAGAAAUAUACGAGUUGACGAACGUGGAUGAAGCCUUGACAGGCGACAAGCGAUCCGUAUUACAAGACUUGGCUCAUAUUAUAACUGCUCACGAAACAGCGAUGACCGUAGCAAAAACUUCCAAUAUAGCGAUACCUUCAGAUUUGCUCUUCAACACAGCAUUAGUAUACACUGAAGCUAUAGAGGCCGAGCAGGAAAAUGACCAAUCUGAUUUCAACCAAUUGCUUGAGGUCACUCAGAGAGCACAGAGCUUGUUCUUGGCUCUUUUGGACUUACAAAUGGUAGAAUUCCAGAAGUUCUUACAGGAGUUGAACGAAGUAGAUGUUAAUGCUAUGGAGUCUAAUAAUGAACUUUAUCAACAGGGUGGUCUUCAUGAAGAAACAAAGCAAGAGGAGUACACGAGUGACGAGGUAGUUCAGCCUGUAGAUAUAUUGGAAUCGGUGUUGUCGUGCUACAAAUUGGCACAGGCUAUUCUUGAGAAUGUAACUGAUUUCGAUUCACAAGUUCCAGCAGUAACCAACUUGAUCCAGCCUCUUCUAGAUAGAAGUGACAAUAUAGCGCGCGAUCUUAUAGACAACUUCAGUGAAGUCGCAGCCAACAAAAAUGAAAUGGUAGCCAAUAUUUCUGAAGUUCAGAUCCUGGAAUUGAAGGUUGCAAAGAGCUAUAUAGUUGGAUUGACCUCGAACGACUUUGACCAAUUGUUUGAAGUCUGGAAUAACGCAGAGCUUCCUGCCACUCCAGAAAGGUAUAUGCUGGCUGCUGACAAUAUCCAGAGCUUGCUUGAUCGCAAUGAUGUUACAUUAGCCAAUGUCAAUUCCAGUGGAAUUUUACAAUCUAAAGAGUUGUACUGGAAGUCAUUGACCCAGAUGUCGGGAAACUUGAAAAAGGCUCAGGAUAUACUAAGUCAGUUGUUGGCAGAGAAGAAAAAGACACCCUCUGGUGUGGACUUAGGAUUAGGAGCUCUUGUGGGUCAGAUCAGUGAGGUCAUCAUUGCCAGAGCAGAUAUAGAGCUUCAACGAUGCCAGAUUUCGGGGUAUGAGCCAGCCGAGAAGAACUCGCAGGUAUUGCUACAAAAUUGUAAGACUUUGUUGAAAAAUGCCAUGAAUAUUGCGAACACCGCUGGAGGAUUGAGAGAAAGGGCCGCAGAAAAGCUCCAGCGUGAAAAGAAGAAAGUGGAUGCUGUUUUCAGAUUAUGUCUUCUUGAAGGCAAGACAUCAACUCAGGAAUUAGAUACCAUUCUUGGAGCCAACAAGUGGCCCAACGAGUUGGUGUCUUUGACCAAGCUCGGAUAUUACGAUGCCUUUGGAGUGCAGAAUAUACAGAAGCCCUUGCAGUUCUAA